UCUACCGCCGGCCGUCCGCAGAAAGUCGAUAGAGGAAGAGGCACUUUGGGUGCAGUUCGCGUUAGCCCAAACGGUUCUGUUAGCAGUGGCUCGUAGCUGUGGAGCCGUGGAACUAAUUUAAUUCCGCUAAACCGGCUUUUUUUGCUCGAGGAUCUCCGGCGACCCGCUCGUGAAGAUGAGCUUCCUGUUUGGCAGUCGCUCAUCCAAGACCUUCAAGCCCAAGAAGAACAUCCCAGAGGGCUCCCAUCAGUACGAGCUCCUGAAACAUGCUGAGGCAACUCUGGGCAGUGGGAACCUGAGGCAGGCUGUGCAGCUGCCAGAAGGAGAGGACCUCAAUGAAUGGAUUGCAGUCAACACGGUGGAUUUCUUCAACCAAAUCAACAUGCUGUAUGGCACCAUCACUGAGUUCUGCACUGAGAGCAGUUGCUCUGUGAUGUCUGCAGGACCAAGAUACGAGUAUCAUUGGGCUGAUGGCACCAAUAUUAAAAAGCCCAUCAAAUGCUCUGCACCCAAGUACAUUGACUAUCUGAUGACCUGGGUGCAGGAUCAGCUGGAUGAUGAAACACUUUUCCCCUCGAAGAUUGGAGUUCCCUUUCCCAAGAACUUCAUGUCUGUGGCUAAAACCAUCCUAAAGCGUCUGUUUAGGGUUUAUGCUCAUAUCUACCACCAACAUUUUGACUCUGUGAUGCAGCUGCAAGAGGAGGCCCACCUCAACACCUCCUUCAAGCACUUCAUUUUCUUUGUUCAGGAGUUUAACCUUAUCGACAGGCGGGAGCUUGCUCCACUGCAGGACUUAAUUGAGAAGCUUGGCUCCAAGGACAGAUAGACAUUUCAUCACACGUCUCCUGUUUUCAACAUUUCCUUUUUCUUCUUUGUUUCAGUGUGUGAUCUCUGCUACCUCUGACUUCUAGUCACAACUCUUAAAAUCUGUGCCUUCUUCUUUUCAGUUCCUGAAUGUUUGUACUGUACAUUUUUCCCUAUUCCGUAGCCUUUUUUCCCAUUUCGCUACUCUUUAGAUGCUUUAGAGAUGAAUUGUGUAGUAAAAAUAUUUUUACACAUGACUGUAGUUAAUGGCUCUAAAAGAUUUUAUAUUGGACCAGGAAAUUUAAAACUUAAAGUGAAACCUAUUGAGCCUCCAGUGCUUGGUGUUUAAAAUAUCUGAUUAAAAAAAACUUUUUCAUAGAAAAUUUUGUGUUAACUUCAAGCUUUAAACUUUACAUUGGCUGAAAAAAUACUCCAUGUUCGGACUUGUGAGUAUGUUAAUUGUCAGUCAAUAAAGUUUAAUUACUAUUAUUGUUGUUGAGUGUAGAGAAACAGAAACUGGGCAAAAGAUGUAGUGAUAUGAAACGCAUACAGUAGUGGAUGAACUUUUCACCUGUGAACUGAUACAAGUACCGGGCAGAUACUUUCAAUUAAACAUAAAGGCAGCCACAAAAUGUACCAGCUUGUAGCUUUUGGUCACAUGCUACUUGUGUGUCCCACCCCAUCUCAGUAUGUAGAUACCUAUUGACACAUUUACAUGUUAAAACAUGCAGUGAUAGACAGUAGUGAGAUGCCUUUGUUCUACCAAUUCAAAGCCCUACCAUCUUCUACAUUAUAUGUAAUCAUUUCAAUUUGGUCAUGCAAUAUUGUGUUUUGCACAUUUAUGGCUAAUUUCUUUGUUUAAAAAGUAAAUUGCUACGGUGUGAUAAUGCUUUAAAUCUGUUUGUUAUUUUCAUAGUCUCUUACAGCAUGUAGAAUGACCUUAUGAGUUGUAUUUUAGAUAUCAUCCCAGCAAAUUUAAGUUGUCAUAUUAGUUCAUUUCAGUGUUGCCGAAUAAUUGUGAUACUAUUCUAUAGUUCUUGCAAUUCUGGUACUUGCAUAUAUGAAACUAAACAUUCCCCCCUCAAUUCAACAACUAUUUGCGUCUGUGCAUUUAAAAGGACUAGUGACCAGAGAUGUAUGGAGUUUUUCGACAGAUGUCUUGGUGCAUGUAUAAUUGCCAUGGUUGUUUCCUGUUUGUAACAAGGCCUAUUGGUGGAGCAAAGCAGAUAAUGUUGCCAGCAUUUGAGCAUGGGAACUGCUCCUAUUUCAUAUUGGACCUAAAUUCAGAUCAGACAGUCAUGUAACCAUAUAAGAGCUGUUGGAUAACUCGUAUGCAUCACAAGAAACAAAUGUGGUUAGGUGCAGCUAAGUGUUCUUUUUUUUAUUUAAAGGGUUAUGUUUUUAAACAAUGUUUGUUUUACUUUAACUGCAGCUCAUCAACUCAUGUUGCUUGGUUAAAAAAAAGUCAUGCCAUCACUUAAGUAAAUCAUUCAUAGGCUUCUCAAUAUAUUUAGAAUAUAUUUAGCUUUUUUUUUCAUUGACCAUGUAAGAAGUCCUUCAAGUCUUAUUGUGUUUUUUAAAUGUGUAAUUGUUUCACACAUUGUGCAUUGAAACUUAAGGCACAGUGUUCAUUUUAUACUACUUUGUAAUCAUUUAAAAAAAGAAGUCCACAUUUUUAUAUAUUUUGGUCCAAUUUUUCUUUCUUUUAAAGGUGCAAAAAUAAACAUGCUGCACUCCAACAUUUUAUUGUAAAUAAAAUACUUUAUUUGAACAAAUCUGUGCCUUAAAACAAUGAAAAUGUCUGCUGUGACAGUAUUUGUACAAAACGUCAAUAAACACUGAAAGGAC